UCCCGUCGCCGCCUGCGGGAACAUGGCCGAGUCGCCGGAGGAGGUGGCGGUGCUGGUGCAGCGGGUCGUGAAGGACAUCCGCAACGCCUUCCAGCGGAACCCACACAUAGAUGAAAUUGGAUUAAUACCCUGCCCUGAAGCCAGAUAUAACCGGAGCCCUAUUGUCCUGGUAGAAAACAAGCUUGGUGUGGAGAGCUGGUGUGUGAAGUUUCUUUUGCCGUAUGUCCACAAUAAACUUCUCCUCUACAGACAGAGAAAACAGUGGCUGAACAAGGAUGAGCUGAUAGAUAUCACGUGUACCCUGCUACUGCUGAACCCUGACUUCACCACAGCUUGGAAUGUGAGGAAAGAAUUAAUACUGUCUGGCACUUUAAAUCCACUUAAAGAUUUGCAUCUUGGAAAACUGGCAUUAACCAAGUUUCCAAAGAGUCCAGAAACAUGGAUUCAUAGACGAUGGGUGCUGCAACAGCUAAUUCAGGAAAACUCCUUGCCCAGUCUUGCAACUAAAGGAAACCUGGGAGCAGCAUCUGUGGAGAGGAUUCACCGACUGGUGCAGGAGGAAAUGAAUGUCUGCUCUGAAGCUGCUGGGAGAUAUCCAAGCAACUACAAUGCCUGGUCCCAUCGCAUCUGGGUUUUACAGCAUUUGGCAAAGCUCACUGUCAAGGUUCUCCUUGAUGAACUUGCAUCCACUAAAUAUUGGGUAUCCAUGCAUGUCUCGGACCAUAGUGGAUUUCAUUACCGCCAGUUCUUGCUCAAUUCCUUGAUACGCAGAACGGUGACUGACAAAAACAUACUGGUACAAAAGCAAGUGGUUAGUGAACAAAACCCUAGCCCUCAGAAGGAGGAAGAGAGUGCAGAGACAGAAGCUGCCUGUGCAGAGGAGCAAAGUGUGGAUCUCCCCGGCCGUUUAGACGAAGAGAUGGAACUCUGCAGUGAACUGAUUGAUAAUUACCCAGGGCAUGAAACCUUGUGGUGUCAUAGAAGGUGUGUAUUCUACCUUCAGCAGCACUUAAGCAACAAACUUCCUCUUGUGAAUAUGUCGGUAUCAUCUGUGGACAGCAGUGAUGAAAGUCUGAAUAAUUCCCACCACAGUCCUGCAGCAAGUCACUUGGCACAAGCUAUGGAUGUUGAUGGUUUGAAUGAAUCCAGCAGCAAACACGGUUAUACCCAAGAAACAAAACGGCUGAAGCGUGCUCCUGUGCAGGACUCUCUUGGUCCAGAAAUGGAAUACCAGUUUGUUGAUAAAGUAUUAUCAACUUGUAGGGAUGUGGACCAAGCCAGGUUUGCUACUGCUUAUAGAAAAUGGUUAGUUACUUUUGUAGGUCAGUGAAGGAAACAUUGAAAGCUUUCAGGGUUCUUCUCUUAGUGCAAUAUUCUCUUUUCAGACACAAAUGCAUGUCUUGGUUGCAAGUGUUAGCUAACUCUGUGUUUCUCUCUCUUUUGACGGUCAGUCCUAAAGCUAAAUUUCAGAGUAGACAUCUGUCAUUUUAUUAAAGAACUGGCAUAUGUUUUUAUUAAGCAAAUGCAGUUUGUUACUUAAUCUCUCAAAGAAAUCACUCUUAACAGCUUCCUACCAUGACUUUUUUUUAACUUCUGCAUUAAGGUGGACUCUGAAUCAUUUGACUUAAAAGAAAACAAAGAGGUAAAAGAAAAAAGUUUGAAAUGCUUGUGAAACAGAGUGUCUGAAAAAGUGGGAGAAUCUGUCACUAUCAGCUAAACCUGUUCCCAGUUUGUUCCUGUGUGGCAUCAUGCUAAUAUCUUAUGGGAUCCAGACUAUAUUUUGUGAGUGCUAUUAUUUUGUAUAGCAGUCUUUGGUAGAACACCAGAAUAUAGUGUUUCUUUCUGAAGGCUUCAGUAACAGUUUUGGAGCUGUGAUACCUUUUACUGUUUUAAAUUGGUUUUUUUGUUUGCUUAUUAAUUGUCAUGUUAGCUUCAUAGGAAGGUCUAUAAGGUUGAAAUCUUGAUAAGCAGAUACAGGAAAAUGUGGCAGAAAAUAGUUCAAAUACAUGUUCAACCACAGCUAGAGCUGUAUUUGGCUGUAUUUGUGAUUUGUUUUCUUAAAACAGACUAUCUUCA